CUGUGGUAUGAAGUAUGAACUAUGAAAGUAUGAACAACAUUGGAUUGUUCGAAACUACGAUUUUAUUCGGUGCUACGAUUUACAAAGCACGAUUAAAUUAAAUAGUGCUUCGAAGUCCGAUUGUCCGAACCGGACAACCGAUCAAAGGUUAUCACGUCUUAUCAGUUAUCAAUCCUAUUUCGUAGCCCAGGCACAGAAUAAUAUGAAUAAUAAUAAUAAUAAUAAUAAUAUUCUGUGGCCCAGGUGUGCGUUGGAACUAGUGCACCGGUACCACCACCGCCCGUAUCACAACAUGACCAUUGACCGGCCGACGGUUAAAAAAGUAGUUCGUCAAAUAUUAUUAAAUAAAUAAUAAUAAAUAAUAAUGUUUAUUUGUUCUACGGCGUGUCGGUGUAUUAAAAACUAAGUGUGUAUACCUAACUAAACAUAACCUUUUUAUAGACGUCACCUCGCUCGUUCGUCAAAACGUAUUGUAAACCGUUAACCGAUUCACUUAUCCAAAAUCGUUUAUAUUAAAAACAUGAACGCUGUUUCGAGCGAAGAAACCGAUCAUAAUAAAGUGAGCUUUGACGGCGUUAAAAUGAUGUCAAAGAAAGGCAUAAGGAAGUUUUUGCACAACCUGCAACCAUCAAGCUCCAGCAAGGAAAGCUUGGUGGGUGCUGGCAGGACACCGCAGGACAUAGCAAUCGAUGGUAAAUCCUCAAAACCUGAACAGACAUUUGACAAGACGGAAGAAAAUGCUAAAGAAACAUCAGCUUCUGUUGUUUCGUCGUUGUACGUACAAUUGUUAAAUGAAGAUCUCACUUCUGAAGCUGGUCCGAGUGAAAAAUAUUGGGAAGUGAUCUCUGAACGUCGAAGAAAAGCUUUAUUAGAAGCAUUGGAAGAACAUCAACGAUUACAAGCAGCAGCUAUUGCUUUAGAAGAAGAGAAUUUGUCUUUGGGGGUAUUGGUCGAUAACACUACUCAUCUUGUCAACACACUUAAGGAAAUGAUAAAUGAGGAGACAUCUGAUGACAAUCAUGAGUCAUCUAAUGAACAGGAAGACAGUGAUUUGAGUACGCCCAAUAGUUCUUCAAGUGUCAAACAUAUACAUAAGAAAAUGAAGAUAUCACCAGAUGAUAUUUCAGAUAUCGACUAAGAAAGUUAAUAUAAUUACCUAUACUUAAGAAUUAUAUCUAAAUUAUAAUUAACUAACAUAAUAAUAACAUUAUUUUGCCAAAAAUCACAAGUUUCUAGUAGGUUUAUGUUAAUUUAUUUAUAGCCAUAAGGAUAUUAUAUUAAUUAUGUUUAAUAAGUAUUAUAAGUUUAUUUUUAUUUCACAUUCAAUCAUGGAAUUGUUUGGUAUAUUGAAGUAAUAUGGUACUACCUUGUAAUCAAGGUAGACAAAAUAGUUGUUUAUAUUGUUAAAAAAAAUAAUUGCCGGUCAUUUUAACUGUGGAAUUAUAAAAUUAUAAAUUAUAUUGUAAAAUUAACACAGUAAUUUUUCUAAAAAUAAUGUAUAUAAUAUAAUAUGUUAUUAUGUAUUUAUAUUUUUAAAGGUUAAAACUUGUCUACAUUCUUAUUACAAUAUAAAUAAAUAAUUAUUUAUAGCAACGGCUAUAACUCGGGUAA